AGCUAUCAAAAAUCGGAAAAUGCGGUCGAUUUUCAUAAUUUCCGCCGUUUUUCUGGCGAUUUUUGUAAUUUGUGAAGCUGUCGGACCACACACGGAGAAAAAAGACGAUUCCGUUGCUGUAGAUCCGAAUUUUGGACAUGCAAAUGCUGGAAUAUGGAAGAAUAAUGGGAAAAAACGUGAAAAGCGAUAUGGUUAUUAUGGUGGAUACGGUGGAUAUGGUGGCUAUGGAUACGGUGGCUACGGUGGAUACUAUGGAGGAUACGGUGGUUACGGUGGUGGUUACGGUGGCUACGGUGGCUGGGGUCGACGUCGUUGGGGCGGUGGAUACGGUGGAUACGGUGGCUAUGGAGGUUACGGUGGAUGGGGAAGACGCAGAUGGGGAUGGGGAAAAUAAUUAUUUUGUGGUGAAUAUUUUGUAAUUUUACUCUGAUUGUUAAUAUUUGUAGAUUUUUUUGGAAAAUUUUUUUAAAAAUUUCUCUCGAAAUUUUUUUCCAAAUUAAAAUUUUUUUUUAGAAAUUUGAAUUUAUAUUUUUAUAAAUGAAUUUU